AUGAACUCGCGCGUGUUUUUCAAAUCAGACACGUACGAUCCGUCAUCAGAACUCCCACUCUAUGUUCUUGACACCACACUUUUUCCCUCGCUUUCCAAUGAACGCCAAAUAGCGCAAUUGGCGGAACGAAUCGUUUCCCAAAUGCCAGCCGAGGAUUAUUGCUUGGUUCUUCUAGCUGGAGGGUUUUGUGACUACGAUAAUGACCAUGCGACUACGUUUAAAAUGCCAUUGAACCUGGUCAAGCUGUUCAAUCUCAUUCCGUCACAAAAUAAAAGAUAUCUCUAUAAGGUGUAUUUGGUACACGGAAGUAACUGGAUCGUGAAGUCUGUCGUAGACUUCUUUAAAAGGUUCUGGAAUUUUACGAGGCAGAUUGCGUAUUGCGAAAACCUUUCCAUUUUGGCCCAACAUGUCGAUAUCACCAAGAUUCCCAUCUCCCUCACCUGCUACCUUGUGGACAAAAUUGUGUACAGCAACGACCGCAUCAUUCUAAACAGGCAGUUCCCCAAAAUAUAUGGGGUGCCAUUGAACCUGUCGCAUGGACUGGCAUUCAAACAGUUCUCCAAAAUUUACAACAAUCUUCUCUCAUACAUGACAACCAAGCAUCUGGACAAACACCUAACUCCUGAAGAAUGGUUGACCUUGAUCAAAGGUGGACAGUUGAAGCAGGAGACUCUUGUUGCUGUUGAGAUAUUCAGCGACGCUCUCAGCCGUGACCAGCGGCUGUGUUUGUCUGACUUCUCGUUCCUGGAGCAUUAUCUCAUUCUUGAGAGGUUUAUUGCUCAGCUGAGCGAAUCUGACCAGCCACUUAUUCCUCUGGAUGUGCUUACCAAAUACAACUACGAUUUUUCACGGCUGGAAGACUUGAACACGGCUUUUGGAGAGUUGUUGUCUUUCAAGUAUCCCGUCUCCAAAAGACCGGCUUUGAAGUCCCUUGACAAUUCAGCCCCAGUACUGAACGUCCAGCGUCUCAAUUAUGACAAUAGCUAUAUCUUGGUGAAGCUGGUAGUGCUUAUGCGGCGUCUUGUGAUCAAGCUAUCCCAUGAAGAGACUGAGCCACACGCAAAAAACAUCACGCAGAUGAAAGAAAGACAAAACCUACGGCUGAUUCUGUCUUUCACGAAAAUACUGUAUAACGAGCGGGCCAACCAAGAGCUCGACAUUGGCUUUGAUACCCUGUUCAAAUUCCUGUGCUCGCUCUUCCGCAACUACGACAAAGUGCUUGUGAAAGGAAAUCAGUUGAGAGACUUCGAGAAUCUCAUCAGCAUGGAUGACAUUUUGGACUUCGAGAAGAACGGGGUUACGGAUAGUCCGAUGGAGCGAAAAAUAGCAUAUAAAGUUCGCGUAACCGAGCCACCAACGCCCCCGGUGGCCCGCAAGGCCAAGGAUCGGAAGCCAGAAAUAGAGGUGGAUGGACAAUUUGAAGAUUUCGUUUUCGAGUCCGGAAAACAGAAAGUUUCGGAUAAGCUACGGAAUGAGCUUCUGAGGCCUUCUGAACAGCUGACCUCAAAAUUGGUGAAGUACACGGAAAAGGAUUUGUUGUUUCAGCAAAGCCAGCAAAAGACUAGAGAUGCCACUGGCAGGUUCCGCGUCGCUCGUGGACGCAACGUCAGUCGGCUAACACAAUUAUAUGAACAGAAAUUACUAGGGACUAUUUGA